AUUUCUGUCGACAAAUAUAGGCUGUCAUCUCUCCUACAAAAAGGGGCUUGGAGAAAUUAACUAUGUCUUCACUUUUACCAUUUACAGACAGACAUCUCGAUCUCUGCCGAAUCAAUCAUUUUAAGAUCUCGUAUUCGCCAUGAUCGUCUCGCAAAUUGAAGCCAUAGGGCUGCUAUUAUUAACCGGAUACGAGAAAUAAGCGGAUUUUGCGGAGAUCGACAGUUUGUAUAUUUCCUCUCGUGUUGGAGCAGUAUAUAAACAGCUUCGUCCUGCUACGAGGUAAGUACAUCCACCCCUAUCCAGAAACAUCACCAUGCUUGGAUUUCAAUUAAAGAAUCUGCUCAUUGGCAGUCUCGGCCUCGCGCUGCUUGGACUCUCGUCUACUGCAUCUGCGGCAGUUCCUCCGUCUCAGCGAUUCGAUCUCUCUGCUCCAUCGCACGAUCUGUUCCGCAGCAAAUCCCUCCACGAUGCAACCGUCCAGCAGGGGUUCGCUUUUGACAACACUAAUCGGCGCCUAUUCGUAGCGCAACGACGAGACGGAUCUUCUGAGACCUCUGGAGAUCUCUGUGUCACACAACUCGACUUUAACGGCAAGGUAGAGGGCCAUAUGUACCUCACCGGCUUCGGACACGGCGUCUCCUUCGCUGCCGAAGGCGUUGGAGCAUCCACGUAUCUCUGGACAGAAGUCGAUUCCAACAAGAACGGAUACGGACAGAAACUCGCUCGUUUCGAGUUCAAAUCCGGCACGACCUUGUCUCAUUCUGCGGCUUCGUUGACCAAAUUCACGCCCGUCGAUGGCGCAACGGAACAUACCUGCUCGAUUGACCCAGUCAACAACCGUCUCAUUGUCCGAUACAACAAAGAUGGAAAACGCAUCACUGCCUUUGAUCUAGAAGAUGCGUCGAAGGGCAACUUCUCCCACCCAUUGACAGACAUCAAGCACCCCUCUCUCAAGACCCUCUCGUCGACCUUCCAAGGCUACGCAGCCUACGGCCAGUACCUCUACCUCCAAACCGGCAACUCCUACGACGUCACCAAGAACAAGAUCAACUCCGAACUCACCACUAUCGACAUCAACACCGGUGCCAUCGUCGAAGGCCCAACACUGACAAAAGCCGGCUCGACUCUUUCCUUCCGAGAACCGGAGGGCUUGGCGAUUUAUGAAACUGCCACGAAAGAGAUUCGUUUGUUUCUGGGCUUUGCGUCAGGUAAGGGAGGAGACCGCAGGUCGAAUCUGUUUUAUAAGAAUGUGCUGGUUUGAUGGUGAUGGUGAUCUUGAUGACUCUGUCUGCAUAUGCAUAUGCAGACCAAGACUGGAUGGACUGAAUCUGAAUGGAGGAUUUUUUUAUAUCAUAAUGUCGAUUGGAAAGAUGAAGACGAUCAUCUCGUAUUCUUCAGGCCUCCCUGUGCUACUCUGAAUGUCAGCUUGCAUUAAGUUGAGCCCUUAUUAAAUAUAAAUACACACAUCUUUCCCCAGAGUACUCUUCCCCAGAAAUCCUCAAACAUACUACAAAGUCACUAGCAUAUCCAGAAC